AUGGACACCGAAUACCGCCGGCUAGCAGCCACCAUCCGCCAAAAAGCCCAAGCGCACCCCAAAAAGCGCUACAUAGUAGCCAUAGCCGGCGUCCCUGGCUCCGGCAAAACAACCACCGCGCAGGCCGUCGUGAAAUAUCUUAACGAAAACCCCGACACCCACGCUGCCCUUCUUUCAAUGGACGGGUACCACCUGCCGCGCGCCACGCUGGACAAACUGCCCAACUCAGAAGAGGCCUACGUCCGCCGCGGAGCACCCUGGACCUUCGACGUAGCAGCCUUCGUCCAAUUUGUCCGCGAACUGCGCGCCUGGGCUGACAGGAUGCCUCUCGCACCGCCAGGUUCGGGCGGGUGGGCUGAAGAGGAUGUUAUCCGCGGGCCGACGUUCGACCACGAAGCUAAGGAUCCUGUUCAGAACGGUGUUGUAAUCACGCCGGAUGCAUCGAUUAUCGUCAUUGAGGGGAACUAUUUGCUGCUCGAUGAACCGGGCUGGAGGGAAAUUACGGGGCUUGUGGACUAUAGGGUUUUUGUUGAUACCGAUUCCCAGGAUGCGCGAGAUCGGACGGCGAGGAGACAUGUCAAAGCGGGCAUUGAGAAGACGCUGGAGGAUGGGUAUCGGCGAGUUGAUAGUAAUGACUAUUUGAAUGGGAUUACCAUCCAGGGGGCGCUUUUGCAGCCAGAUUUGGUGCUUAAGAGUGUGCCAGAGGAGAUGUCGGGAUGA